AUGACCCUCAUGAUGUCUGGUUACAAAGGAAUUUCUACCUUCCUUGAAUCAGAUAACCUAUUCAAAUGGGUAGGGACCAUCCAUAGAGCAGCUGGCACAAUAUAUGAAGACCAGAGGUAUAAACGCUUCUUAGAGUUCCCCAGCGGCUACCCUUACACUAUGCCCACAGAGAAGUUCCUAACACCUUCCUACCACCCCAACAUGGACACUCAAUGCAACAUCUGCAUUGACAUCCUUAAGUAUAAGUGGUCUGCAAUAUUUGAUAUCAGAACCAUCUUACUCGCUAUUCAGAGCCUGCUAGGAGAACCCAACAUAAAAAAACCCUUUAAUAAUAUGGCUGCAGAGCUCUGGAAAAACCCCAUUACAUUUAAGAUGUACCUGCAAGAAACCUAUUCAAUGCAGAUCUCCAGCCAAGAACCCUGA